UGGACGAGAAAUCGAAAACACGUCAGUUUAGCGAAAUCAAUCAAACCAAGCAGAAAGGAAAUUCGAAUUAAAUCUCAGUAAGGCUGGUCCAAUUUGACUAGGAAAAAGCAAAUUCGUUUAUUAUUCUGUGCGGUUAAUAGUUAUGUCGGUUUGGUGCAAAAAUUAAGCGAGCUUUUAGAAAACCCCCAGUGCUGUGCAGAAGUUUUCCGAACUAUCGGAUGCCGGAAAAAUGCUACCCAACUUGUACGAAAUGUCGCAGCUAGACGAUAGCCGAAAGUUAACCACAGUGCUGUUCUUUCUAUUAAUAGAAUUAUUUUUCAAACGUGUAGAAUCUGCAUCGUCUCAGGCGGAAAUCGAUCGGCACCUUGAGAUGGGACGUGAUCUGCUUGCACGCGGUCAGCUGUCGGACGCGCUUACGCACUACCAUGCCGCUGUUGAGGGCGAUCCCCAGAACUACUUGACUUACUUCAAGCGAGGCACAGUUUACCUGGCUCUGGGUAAGGCCAAGUUCGCCAUCAACGAUUUUUCGCGGGUGCUGGAACUGAAGCCGGACUUUGUGGCCGCUCGAGCCCAGCGCGGUCAGGUCUACCUCAAGAUGGGUGAUUUCGAUAGUGCAGAAAUAGAUCUCAUGAACGUGCUCCGGAUGGAUCCGCACAACCACGAUGUGAACUUCCAGUACGCUCGGAUCGAUCCGGCCCGGGAUCAAUGGGCACUCUGUUUGGACGUCAUAGGACGGGGUGAUUACACGACAGCCAUCGCACUGCUUUCCCAGCUGCUGGAAAUUUGUCCAUGGUCGGUGGAAAUCCGAGAAGCCCGAGCCCAGUCCUACAUUAGAAUUGGUGAUCGGUUGGCCGCCGUUAGCGAUUUCCGAUCAGUUAAUCGAUUAUCUCAGGAUAGUACCGAUGGUUACUAUACGCUGUCGAAGAUUUUGUACGAUUUGGGCGAUUCAGGCUCGGCUUUGAAGGAGAUUCGAGAAUGCUUGAAGCUUGAUCCCGAGCACAAGGACUGUUUUCCACUGUACAAAAAGCUUAAAAAGGUAGACAAAGUUUAUGUGGAUGCCCAGCAAUCGUUAGAGGAGCAACGUUACGCUGAUUGUAUACAGGGUGGCGAAAAGCUGAUCAAGUUGGAACCAGAUGUACCGAUGAUCGUGUACAACGGAAAGCAACUACUUUGCUCUUGCUUGGUCAAGGAUGAACAGUUCACAGCUGCCGUAGGUCGUUGUCGAGAGGCUCUAGAAAUUUACCAGGAUCCCGAAGUCAUGUGUGACCGAGCGGAAGCACUCAUCGGAGCAGAAAUGUACGACGACGCAAUACAUCAGUAUCGGGAGGCACUCGAUAUCAACGAUGGCUUCCAGAGGGCUAAGGAAGGUAUCGAACGUGCUCAACGCAUGCAGAAACAGGCCGAAAGGAGAGACUAUUACAAAAUUUUAGGUGUUAAGCGAUCUGCAACCAAGCAGGAAAUUGUUAAAGCCUAUCGAAAGGCUGCUCAGAAAUGGCAUCCGGAUAACUUCCCCGAUAGCGACGAGAAAAAGGUGGCCGAGAAAAAGUUCAUUGACAUUGCGGCGGCCAAGGAAGUCCUGACGGAUCCGGAGAAACGGCGCCAGUUCGAUGCCGGCGAAGAUCCCCUGGACCCGGAAGCAAAUCGUAAUGGUUUCGGCGGUGGAAAUCCGUUCCAUCACUUCCAGCACGGGUCACCGUUCCAGUUCAAGUUCCACUUUACGUAAAAACCACUUCUCUCACCUCUACUGAGAAAUGUCUGGUUUCCCUUGUUUGCACGAGAAUUAAGCUUGCAUUUCCCAUACUAUCCUUCAGGAAACAUUUUUCUAGUAAUUAACAUGAACAGAACGGACAGUGCCAGUUUUUUUAUUUAUUGAGAUCGUAGAUUUUUCCUUUUCAAUUCCUAUUGAAUAAUCAUCACACUGUUGUAGACAUCAUAAGUGCACUGUUGAUUCCCUUAUAAAAAACAACUGAUGAAACUAACUUCAGCAAUCAUUUUCUUUUCGACUCAGAUAAAGUGUGAUUAGAAUUUAUUGUGUUUAGUUUAAAAAUAAGUUAGUAGCUAGUAGUCAGCAAGGAGAAAUGGUGAAAUGAUGAGGAAACAAUAAUUGAAUAGGUAAAGCCUUUUUGUGUUUCAAUGCAUAACAUUCUGUUAUGCAUAGUAGCAUUAUUGGUACCAUUAGAAGCAGAAGUUGGUUAACUAACCCGUACGGGUGUUAAAACAUUUGGUCGUUUCCUUAAUUUCGCGUUUUUCCUCAACCCGGCAAACAAUGGGCUAGCAAUUAAUAAAGAAGAAGAACUGAUUGAUGAUAAAACUAUAAGGAAGAAUGUGUUAAUUUCUCCCUUUCUUGUAAAUAAACGCUUAAUCCAAGUUAAGAAUUAUAAA